AUGCCCGAGUGGUGGCGGGAAGACCCGAGCGCUGCUAAGAUGGAGGCGGCCGAGCCCUGCGGUCUGUGCCUGCAGGAGCGGGCCCCCUACACGUGCCCCCGCUGCAACGUGCGUUUCUGUUCGGUGCCCUGUUACCGGGGCCACGGGGCCUGCGCCGAGGCUUUCCACCGCCGGCAGCUGCUGCUCCGGCUCCAGGGCCAGCGGGGGGACCCGGCCUCCCGGACCCGCCUGAAAGAGGCGCUGCUCCGGCUGCGGGAGCUACGCGAGCUCGAGGACGCGGAGCCCCAGCUAGGCCGCGACCUGGAGGACCAGGACGACGGUCUGUGGGAGCGGCUCAGUCCGGCCGAAAAGGCCGCGUUCCAGCGCCUGCUGAGCAGCGGGGAGAUUGGAACCUUCCUGCCCCCCUGGAGGCCCUGGUGGCGGGGAUGGGGCCGGGGACUGGUCCAGGAGCUGGGGGGUGCUGAGGGUGCCCAGGAAGCUGGGGAUACCCAGCCCCCUGCGGGCACCCAGAAACCAGAGAAGAAGACCCCAGGCUCAGCACCCAGCCAUCAUCCACCAAUACCCCAAGGUGCUUACCCCCCCACGGGCACCCGGCAGCCAGAGGAGAGCUCAGGCGUGGCACCCACCCAGCAGCCUGAAGAAAUGCCAAGCCCAGUGCCUGCUGUGCCUGCAUCCAUUCCACCACUGAGCUCCCUGAUCUGCAGCCCAGCCUCACCCCUGGUAUGCUUCCAGCUGCCUAAUGUCCUCUAUGCCUACGUCUUCGCCCUCACCCUCUACAAUGGGGACUUGAGUGAAGAUGAGCUGCUGUCUGAGUUCUCUGACAUGGUCCUGGAUGUCUCUGGGGCACUGGGUGCCAGGCAGGUCUUCCACUCCACAGCAGAGGCACUGCAGGCUGCCCUCCAGGCAGUGACAGCCAGCCGGUACCCUGAGUGCCCCCUGGGGAAUGCAGGUGCUAUGAUGGCAGUGGCCCAGAUCCUCAUGGGGGAGAAUCAAGCCAAGCAGAAAGGCUUCAGCUUGGCAGCCCUCUCCCAUCUUGCCAGGCUGCUGGGCAAGGCCAAGAAACUGGUGCCAACAGAGGAGCGGCCCAGGGUGUAUGGUGCCAAGAAAAAGUGUGAAUUUUUGCUCUCCUGGGUCAAUGACAACCAGGAAUCUUUGACUGUCCUGGCCCUAGAGGUACAAAGGGAAUAUAAAACCCAUUUGGAGGCAGUCAAAGAGGUGGAUGUAGUUACCAAAGAACUGCAGAAGAUGUGGGGUGGGAAACUGCCCCCUGCAAAAAAGCCAUUGAUUGAGGAGUUAGACUGAUAGCUGGAACUUUUCAAGUGGGGAAAAGUGAAUGAACCCUCUCUUGGUCAAUAGCUAUUUUGGAUAAAUCCACCACACUGAGUCUUGGCACAAAUGUUGAUCUGGUUUCUAGGGAGUUGACCUGUUGCAAUAAAAAGAGCAAGGCAGCUGGCUGUGUACAUUCCUGUCUUCCAUUCGGCGGGACCCUUGGUGUGUUCCAUGCACUUAAAGCAUUGGCUUUUAUUUUGGUGGUUUCAAAGUUGAUGUGUUUUCCACUGGUGCUGCAGAAACCGCUAGCCAGUCACAGAGUCCCAUGCACUGUGUUUUGUAUCCCACCACAUACAGAUUUUUGCAGAAAUCAUCAAUAAAAGGACAGCUAGACACCCCCAUAGCUAGAGUUGCUAUAAACUAGAAAACUAGCAUUGUAAGGACAAACAUACUCUGCAUCCUUUCAACUGUUAUAAACCACAGUCAAAUUAACAGCAGUGACAGACCAUGAAAAGUCCUUGCUUUCCUGUGCAUUAAUAGGGGAGAUGUAUUCCCGAGUCCCAAUCUGCAUCAUUAGACUGGAGCUUCAGCUGGAAAUAACUAAAAAGACAGCUCCUGUUGAGAGAGAGGCCAGACCCAUUCACAGCUCACAGAGUGAGAGACAGUGGCAGGAGAGAGAGUGAAAUGAGUAUCAGGUAUUUUUAAAAUCUGAUAUUUUAAUGUACAUUGCCUUGUCUAGUUAAUGUUUAUUUAGCUCUCUAAGCUAUUCUAACUGAUCAUUGUGGUAGGAAUGUAAGAAUAGCUGGCCUGGAUGGGACCCAUGAUCCAUCUAGUUCAGUAUCCUGUCUGUGACAGUGGCCUGCCCCAGAUGCUUCAGAGGAAGGUGUAAGAACCCCACAGUAGGCAGAUGUAGUGUAAUCUGCCCUUGCAGCUCUGUGGGAGUUAGACUGGCAUUAAGACCUGA